GCCACUUUAGAAGCAGGCUACGUUUUGGCAUUUUAAUAGUCCUACUCAACCCCUUAACUCUUUUUAAAAAUAAACUUGAUAACGCACAAAUUCGAUAUAAUAAUGGUUAAUAUACACGGCUGCACCCGGAUGAUGGUGAACCGCUGCAUUGAGCUCCUAAGAGCGCGGAUUGAAUGCGCCUCGACCCGACACAUUGCCAGACGGUACCAGCUUUCCCAGGAUCAAGGCAAGAUUGUUAACCAAAACAUGCCCCUUGAGCAGGUGGUCAGGGAGCGAGAGAAGGCAGACAUCUACAAAAAGAACAAGCGUCGCUCUAUGUGGGAGCAAGACGAGGGCCACGGCGGUCGAGUCCCGGGAAGGGAUGAUCAGGAACGCUUCGAUGAUGAGCAGUACAAACCCCGCGAACUGGAAGCGCGAAACUACGACUGCACCUGGAUCAAUUUCCCAGAGAGUGUGGCGGCCAAGCAGACCACCAGACGAAAUUUCCUGGAAGAAUCGGAGGACGAGACCCCUAGACGUCGCAGAACUCAGGAAACCCGUCCGAAUACUGCAAAACCCUUCGACGACGAGGCCCGCGCCUUUAUCAAUCAAUGGGAUACCAAUAUGGAUAUGAUAAACCGUAAUCGAUUUGCCCGGGCCUCCGAUAGAUGUCCGCCACCCACCAUUUCUACCCGGAUGUCAAACGCCUAUCGCACCCGGAAACGCCAGUUCUUCUACUAGUCCGGCAGUAUCCGCUUAAGAAAUUCAAACGAUUAUACAACUUAGUAGCCUGUUCAAAUUGUUAGUGCGCAAGGCAUCCGAUUUUAAAGCGUCAAAAUCCGAAAACGUAUUAUAAUGUUGUAUAAUCUGUAGUCCAGAUGUGAUUUCAAUAUUCGAAUAAACUAUCAAAAUUUAUCCUUA